CCUUACCCGUGAAUCAAAAUGGCGGAGCUUGGAAAAAGCGAACGACGCGUCCUGCCGUGCGUGCUGCAGAAAAACAAUUAGAAAAAAGUACGCGGGGAUUCUGUUGGGCAAGUGUGAGCGGUAAAAUAUCCCGAGUACUGUACCGUGUGCGUCGGGCGAUCGACGGCGGGACAGACUGGACGCGUGAAAUAACGGUACCCGGUACUUUUUUUUUCCUCUCUGCCGCAACUUUCUUCAUUCGGCCGUUUCGUGGUUCAUUCUUGUGCCUAUAUGUAUUAUUGUGACUUCCUCGAUUGGUAGUGACGUUACGUACCGUGCGAAUCAACCGGCUAUGUUGAUACGGUAUGUAUCGGUGUGCGUUAGCCGGAAGUGUGUGUCCGGAAUUCCUCGCCGAAGAAAAAAGCAGCAGUGCUCAUGAAGGACAUUGAAACGGGAGACGGCUGGGAAUUUGUUUGGGACAGGUCCCGUUUGAGUGCACAGUAAUCGGAAUAAAAACGCACCCAGACGAUCAACUGUUCGCUGCGUGAUGCGGGACACAGUUGUUGACGUCACUACAGUGAGUUAACUUUGGGUUGUGAAAAUCAAACUGCUGCAGCUGCUGCUGCAAAGCUUCCGAUUGCUACGGAAUCUAGAACACAGGUGUCUGCGGAUGCUUUGUGCAGCAUAAAAGCUUUCCUCAUACCCCUAUGCUGGCAGAGAAAAAAACGUCACCAAUUGUCAACAAGCAGCAGCGAAAGCGAAAAGAAAAAGUAGAGAAGCAAAAAGCACGACGGACGCGUAGGAAGUGUUUGUGAGUGUGUCUCUACGUUGAGCUACCGAUACGUGCGCGUGCGUGUGUAUGUGUGAGGGUUUUUUGUGUGUCUCGUCUCGUUUGAGGUAACGCUUGGUUUGCUGUUGGCGCUGUGUUGAAGAAGGAAUCGCCAGGAGGCGCCAUUUUCGGGGUUCACUUGCAGUGUAAAUUAAGUACGGCUAAAAGGAGAGCGAUCAGAUAGAAGGGGCGCUACCAAAAAGGGCUUAUCGUGGUGGGCGGGAGUGUGUCGUUGCAAAGUGUUCGUCCCGUGUGCGUGCCUGUGCGCUAGUGAGAGUGUUGUGUGCGAUUUUCACCGCACGGUGAAGAGGCCGAGUAGGAAGGUGCAUUGUUUAUGUUCGUGAAAGCAACAGUGAAAAGGAGGGAAAUUGGAGGUGGAAAGUUUGGCGCCGCUGUGUGCGUGUGCUGGUUUGAUUCCCUCAAAAUCUUCGCGCUCUAGUGAGUGUUAUUUUUUCUCUUCCUGCAAAGGUGUGUUUAGAAAGGACGCAGAACCGGAAGAGCAUCCGCAAUUGCAAUUGCCGAAAAAAUUGUGCAAAAGAGACGAGAAACCGUUAAAAAGUGAACUUGCUAUAUUUUCGGCGGAAAAAUUGGAUCCACGGUGCUCCAGUAGGAUUUUAGUUGCUAAGCGCCUUUUUAAGGCGCUUCAGUGUGUGGGAGAAAUUUUUACAUUUUUUACGAAAAAACGGCUAAAUAAACAACAACUAUGACAACCAACAUGUACCGCGUCGGAGACUAUGUCUACGUGGAGACAUCGCCGACGACACCGUACCAGAUUCGGCGUAUCGAUGAACUCAACAAAACACCGAGCGGCAAUGUUGAAGCCAAAGUGAUGUGCUUCUACAGGCGAAGGGAUCUUCCGACGCCGCUUGUGCAGUUAGCCGAUAAGCACCAGAUGGCCACAUCCGAGGACUCCCCGGCGGCGAUGAAGUUAAAGAAGAUGUGGCUCAAGACACCCGUCAGCGAGGAGCAGGCUGCUCAGGCGGUGCUAGAUCCUGCCCUAGUCGCUUUGGAGGAGGAACGAAACAACAGUCCCAACAAUGGUGGAGGCGGCAGUGAACGGGGGGAACAUCUUAACCCAAAACAACGACAUCAGAUGAAGCAGCGAGAACUGUUCCUGUCGCGCCAAGUCGAAACACUUCCCGCCACCCAGAUACGGGGAAGGUGUUCCGUAACGCUGCUGAACGAAGAGGAAUCAUUGCUCAGUUACUUGAACAAAGACGACACGUUUUUUUACUGCCUCGUAUUCGAUCCGACACAGAAAACGUUGCUAGCGGAUAAGGGCGAAAUUCGUGUCGGUGCUCGUUAUCAGACAGAUCUGCAGCAAAUGCUGAAACCAGGCGAAAAGGAUGAACGCAACCUAGAGGAAUUGGAGACGCUUGUUUGGACGCCGCAGCAUUCGCUUACCGACAAGAAGAUCGAUCAGUUUCUGGUAGUUUCGCGUUCGGUAGGCACCUUUGCGAGGGCGCUCGACUGUACCAGCUCUGUCAAGCAACCGUCCCUGCAUAUGUCCGCUGCAGCUGCAAGCCGUGAUAUUACCUUGUUUCAUGCUAUGGACACACUCCACAAACACAACUAUUCGAUAGAGACUGCAAUGUGUUCGCUGGUUCCAUCGAGUGGGCCUGUUCUUUGCCGGGACGAGAUGGAGGAAUGGAGCGCCUCUGAGGCGAACCUGUUCGAAGAUGCGCUCGAUAAGUACGGCAAGGACUUCAAUGAUAUCAGAAACGACUUUCUGCCGUGGAAGACGUUAAAAAGCAUAGUGGAAUACUACUACAUGUGGAAAACGACGGAUCGCUACGUGCAGCAGAAACGUGUGAAGGCGGUCGAAGCGGAAUCCAAAUUGAAGCAGGUCUACAUUCCGAACUACACCAAACCGAGCCCGGCAUUGAUAACAAACAACAACAAGGGCAUAUUGAAUGGAAAUUCUAAUGGGGGCAGCGUGGACAUGAUGAUUUAUAGCAGUACCAAGGCAUGUGAAUCUUGUGCUACUAUGGCUUCGCCGCAGUGGUACUCCUGGGGUCCAGUGCACCUCAACAAUCGGCUGUGUCAGAACUGUUGGACCUAUUGGAAGCGUUACGGAGGCCUUAAGGUUGCAUCUAGGCUAGCGGACAACGGGGAGGUCGAUCCGGUGGCCACGAUCAACACCAGUAGCAGCAAUGCUUCACCAGUUUCGCUGAAGAAGCGUAACCCCGGGAGCGAUAUUGACGACGAUCUAACAAUAGUGGCUAGUUCCGGUCCUAUUGGAGGGCUUGGAGGUGCGACCGUGGCCACAGCAUCCCCGGGCGGUUUAAGUAACCAUCGACCGCACAGCCCUUCCUUUAAAUGUUCGAUUGUGAACUGUGGUAAGGAGUUUAAACUGAAGGCCCACCUCGCUAGGCACUACGCACAAGCGCACGGCAUACAGAUACGAUCUGGUUCACCUCGGCCUAUAAUGAAAACUCGAACUGCAUUCUAUUUGCACACGACUCUAACGACGCGGUUGUCACGGCGGUUAUGUCGUCACAUUAUACGUUCGAAGAAGGCGGCCCGUCAACCGUCUUACGCGAUCAACAUUGCCAGCGUGAAGCAAGAGUUUGCUAACGCCGAAGCUGGGAAAAGUGCAUCGGACAUCCGUCGGUUGCUUACGUUCCGUAAGAAGGAUCGCGGCAGCGUGACACAGAUUGCAAACAGACUUGGAAACCCGGGCGUUAGUGUUAACGAAUGGUUGGUAUUAACACCGAAAGAAAACAUGCCCAAGCCAGAUGUGGUAGCUUUUCCGAAACCACCGAAAGCUCCGGACGGCACACUGUUGUACGACCGGAUACCAAAUAAGGGUGAAGAGGCUGGCAAACCACCGAAUGCGGUCACCUCGCCGGCGGCGGGUAUUCUGGGUGGCUCAGCAACACUUCCGGGAACGGUUGGUGGUGCGUUGGGCAGUAAAUUAGCUCCGUUGGUCGGGUCCGGGGGACUAGCAGUAACGCCGAUUGUAGUCAGUGGUACAAACAGCAACUCCGUUGGGACUGCUUGCUCUGCUGUGGCUGGAAGCGGAAGCACGGGUAGUACAGGUGUGACUACCGGGACAAUCGCUAAUAGUGGUAUGCCAGCGAUUAAUCUACAUGCAAGCGCUAUGUCGACUAGCAGUCCACCGCGCGGGCCGACCCCAACAGGGAGUUCAUCUGGGGCAACGUCAUUGAAACGACGUCCAUACGAAGAUGCAAAUGGUAUCGAUGCUACUGUUGCACCGCCGGCUAAGCGGCCUAAUAAAGAUCCCAGACCGUCACAUCGGCCCACUCCAGAACAAUAUGCGGCUAUGAUUGCAGCUGCUCAAUCCGCUGGACAACCUCUUCCUCGACAUCAUAUGAAUGGAAAACCAAAAAUUGCCCAAAUGGCUCGAACUGGUUCGGGACGAAAACAGGUGAUCAGCUGGAACGAUGCUCCGGAUGAUGUGUUCUACCGUUCCACCAAAGCUGGCCGUAAACUACGGCGGGAAAUUCCAAUAGUAGAGUUGCGUCGUGCAGCACGAAAACCUUGGCGAAAUUUGCAUCCCAAGUACUCGGCGAUCGUGGCAGCCCUCUUGCCAGUGGCGUCUGUGACACCUAGUCUGCCGGCGCAGCUCACGGCCCAGCUGGGUCACGCGGCACAACUAGCUGCGGCGAGUGCUGUGCAACAUCCCACCUCAGCGAAUCUAAAUCUCAACCUAGCGGCGGCAGCAGCCCUGGCAGGAGUUCAUCCACUGUCAGCGGCCUCGACUCUCGCUCUCAGUGGAACGCUGGGAGCAGCGGGAGGCACUGUUAUAUCGCCAGUGGGAGGCGUACCUUCACUGUCUGGAGGGUCCACCGGAACGUCGCUAGUGUCUUCCGGCGUGACUGGUCUAACGAACAGUAGCAGUAGUAACAACAAUAGUGGAAAUAGCAGCAGUAGCGGUGGUGGAGGUAGUGGUGCUAGUGGUGUGGUCGCUACCGACAGCAAUAAAAGUGAUCUGCAGGUUGUAAUCUUAGACUGACCCGAACCGCCGAAGAACAUGCACUUUUCCCAGCAGCAGCAUCACCACCAUCUUCAUCAGCAUCAUCACCAACAGCAACAGCAACAGCAACAACAGCCACAACUACAGCAACAGCACCACCGUCAGCAACAGUCCAAUUCACAACGGCACUCGCAUCAGCAGUAUCAUUCCCACCUUCACCUAUCACAUCCCCAGACCACUCAGCAAGGAAUGCAGCAGCAACAGCAACAGCAUCUACAUGAGCCCAAUUUGCGCCACUACAAUAGUUCCCAACUACAGCAACAUCAAUUACAGCAACAGCAGCAACAGCAACUGCUGCUUCAGCAUCAGCAAUAUCAACAGCAUCAUCAACAGCAUUCUUCGCAACUGGCGCCACCGAUAUCACACCACAGCAACUAUCAUCAACAUAGUCAUCUUUUACAACGACAACAGAACCAAUCUCAACAACAACCGCCACAUCCUUACACGAUGGAAGCACUGCUCAAUUAAUAAGCUAAAAACAGAAAUGAAUAUGACGAUGGCAAUGAAUGCUGUUAACAGGGAAGCAAACUCAGCUUUGGAAUGUUUGCAAAUCCUUGGCAUGUGAUUGAAAAUUUCAAAGAGAUCAGAUUGUCAGAUUUUGUCAGAUAUGGCUCUGCAUGUUUUGCAAGAAUCGUUGUGUUGUACAAACAGAAGCUAAUCACACUCACUGGCUAGUGUGUGGCGCUGGUGACAGAGAAGGACGUACCAUUUUGUUUCAAUUGGUUCGUGUGUAAAAUCUAUGUUUUGAGUAGGUUUAGUUUUUAAAACCGGAAAAGACUAAGGGGAUACUGACAGCUACAAAUUAGCGACAUCUAGCAACAUACACAACAAACGAAAUGGAAGGGAUCAUACACGUAAGCGUUAGGAAGCAAAGCAAAUAGAAGCCACAGCAGAAAAGUAAGAAUUAGUUAGAAUGAAAAAAAAAAAACACACACACACAAAAAUGACGCUAAAAGAAAAUAAUGGGGUCUUUGGAAGGGAAGAAAGAAAGCAGUUAAGUGACGAUGGUAGAGCAGGAGGAGGUUGCUCUUAAUUUUAGUUGAUAAUGAAAUGAUCUAAAUUAGAUGGACGACUUAGAAGUAAAUAAAUCAGUUAAUAGAAGCAUUACGAAGGACUGGACAGAGGGAAUGAAUUAACACGGACCACCCACCGGACACCCGGGAAAGGGUCCACAGGUCCACUCCCCUCCCCCCCAUACAGAUCCAUCUACAGUUUCUAGUAGAUGCGUGUAGCAUGCAGGCUAGGGCUAGGAGCCACGGAAAAGGGCAAUGAAGCGAUAGAGAUAAACACCGUACUGGCGUACUCAUGCACAAGUGCAUGAUCGGAACGGAGACAAAGCUGCAACAAAAUAUAAAACAAAAAAAUAAUAUUACAACUAGUGACGAAUAUGAACGUAAAGUGAAGGUACGUAAACAAAAAGUUCGGUUAAUGUCUCGAAAUACACACAUUUACAUACAUUUGCACAGUA